UCAAAAAGUCCCCCCAAUAGCAAUUACAGAUCCAGGAGGGUCGCGAAAUGCAACAAAAUAUUCGAGGUCCCCCCAAGAACCUCACCGAAAAAGUUUGCAUCGACGACUCAGAUCCUGAAAGACAGGUGAGCAUCGGAUCCGAGCUACCUCCUGAGACAAAAAAGGAGCUCAUUGAUUUCCUGAAAAGCAAUGUCAAAACCUUUGCAUGGUCCACCAGCGACAUGAAAGGCAUAGAUCCGAACGUCACCACCCAUAAGCUAAAAGUAGACCCUACUUUCAAACCGAUCAAACAAAAGCGUCGCAAGCUAGGCCUCGAAAAGGCUCAAGCUGUUAACGACGAAGUUGACCGACUUACGAAAGCUGGGUCCAUUCGAGAGGUACACUACCCCGACUGGUUAGCUAACCCAGUAGUGGUAAAGAAGAAAAACGGGAAAUGGAGAAUCUGUGUAGACUUCACAGACCUGAACAAAGCUUGUCCUAAAGACAGCUUCCCGUUACCUCACAUCGACCGCCUGGUUGAAGCAACAGCUGGCCAUCGACUCCUAUCCUUCAUGGAUGCCUUCUCAGGAUACAACCAAAUCAUGAUGGAUCCUGAGGACCAGGAGAAAACUGCAUUCAUAACCGAACGAGGAACCUAUUGUUACAAGGUUAUGCCAUUCGGAUUAAAGAACGCAGGAGCUACCUAUCAGAGGCUAGUAAAUAAGAUGUUUGCUGGGCAACUUGGAAAAACCAUGGAGGUCUAUAUUGACGAUAUGCUAGUCAAAUCCUCAGCUGGAGAAGACCAUAUCUCCCACUUAAGGGAAUGCUUCGAUAUCCUUAACAAGUACGAUAUGAAGCUCAAUCCCACUAAAUGUACUUUCGGGGUACCCUCAGGCGAGUUCCUAGGCUAUCUCGUAACCGAAAGAGGCAUUGAAGCCAACCCGCAGCAGAUAGCAACCUUCCUAGAAAUGCCGUCACCUAAGACAACCAGAGAGGUACAGAGAUUGACUGGACGAAUCGCGGCAUUAAAUCGAUUCAUAUCCAAGUCCACCGAUAAGUGCCUCCCAUUCUACAAACUUCUAAGAAAUAAUAAGAAGUUCCUAUGGGACGAGAAAUGUGAGGAAGCCUUCAAACAAUUGAAAGCGUACCUCUCCGAACCUCCGAUCCUAUCCAAACCUGUAGUAGGAGAGCCACUAUACAUGUACCUCGCUGUAUCGACUGCUGCAGUUAGCGGCGUGCUGGUACGAGAGGAACAAAACGAACAAAGACCUGUCUAUUACACCAGUAAGAGUUUGAUAGACGCCGAAACAAGGUACCCUGCAAUGGAAAAAUUAGCUCUGGCAGUUGUAACAGCUGCCAGAAAAUUGCGACCUUACUUCCAAUCGCACUCAAUCGUCGUAAUGACCUCACAACCAUUACGAAUGAUAUUGCACAGCCCUAGCCAGUCAGGGCGAUUGGCUAAAUGGGCCAUAGAGCUCAGUGAAUAUGAUAUUGAGUAUAGACCUCGAGCAGCAGCGAAAGCUCAGGUCCUUGCCGACUUUAUCAUUGAACUAGCAUCCGAGCAAUUAGACUCCGAAAUAGAAUCUCCGAAGUGGAGCCUGUAUGUCGACGGAGCCUCAUCAAAACAAGGCUCCGGUGUCGGUCUAAGGCUAACUUCUUCAGCAGGAGAAACCAUUGAGCAGUCAUAUAGGCUCGGAUUCAGCGCCUCAAACAACGAAGCUGAAUAUGAAGCACUAAUCGCAGGGUUGAAACUCGCCCUAAGCCUCGGAAUUCGAGAGCUAAACGCUUAUAGUGAUUCACAGCUAGUAGCUAGCCAGUUUCACGGAGAAUAUGAAACGAGGGACGAAAGAAUGGGGGCAUAUCUCGAAGUCGUCCAGAACCUCACUAGGCAGUUCGACAAAUUCGAGCUAACAAGGAUCCCACGAGGAGAGAACUCCUCAGCAGAUGCGUUGGCUGCUUUAGCCUCCACGUCAGACCCCCUCGUAAAACGGAUCAUACCCGUAGAAGGAAUCGAAAAACCAAGCAUCGACAUAGCUACUAAAGCUGAGAUAGACAGCAAGCUAACAGAAGUUAAAACCAGAAGCCGUUCAGCUCUCCAAAAUUCAUCUGGGGGCACCAUCCAGACCCCGGAGAAUAAUGAAGGAAUUGGAGGUAUUCCUCGGAAUUCAGACUCCCUGGAGCCCAAUCCUACAAAUACCUCCGGGGGCACCACGACACCAGGUCCCGAACAGGAACCUCCCUCGUCUCUUCAUAACAAAGUUGUAGGGAGAGAGGAUUGGAGAAUUCCAAUCACGCAAUACAUCCUGGAAGGAAAGACUCCACCCAAUAAAUGGGAGGCUCGGAAGCUCAAAGCAUUAAGCGCGAGAUACUGCGUAAUCGAGUCUGUCCUCCACAAACGAAGCGUUUCCGGACCUUACCUAAAAUGCGUCCAUGGCCUCGUUGCUAUGAGACUCAUGAAGGAAAUGCACGACGGCUCCUGCGGGAACCACUCUGGAGGAAGAGCUCUAGCCAUCAGAAUCAAAAGACAGGGAUAUUUCUGGCCUACCAUUAUUGCAGACUGUGAGGCCUAUUCCUCUUCAUGCGACAAGUGCCAGAGGCAUGCACCGAUUAUACACCAACCUGCAGAAAAGCUGUCCAACAUAUCCGCCCCUUAUCCAUUUAUGAGAUGGUCCAUGGACAUCGUAGGACCACUAGUAGCAUCAGGAAGUGGAAAGAAGAAGCUACGCUUCCUCUUAGUCCUAACAGACUACUUCACAAAAUGGAUAGAGGCUGAAGCUUUCCAACAGGUAACCAGAGUCGAGGUCGAACGAUUUGUGUGGAAAGAAAUCGUGUGUAGACACGGCGUCCCAUACGAAAUCGUAACUGACAAUGGAGGACAAUUCAUAUCCCACGAUUUCAAAAUAUUUUGUGACAAGUGGAAUAUUCGCCUGACCUUCUCAACACCUCGCCGACCUCAAGGAAACGGCCAAGCGGAGGCUGCUAAUAAAUCAGUAUUAGCAAACCUCAAGAAACGCCUCGGAACCCAGAAGGAACUCUGGUCAGAAAAAUUACUUGAAGUACUUUGGGCAUGUCGAACCACCCCACGAAAGGCUACAGAAGAAACCUCUUUCUCCUUAGCAUAUGGGAUGGAAGCUGUCGUCCCAGCUGAAACCAUUGCUGGUAGCCUCCGCCGGGAACUCAGUACAUCCGAUCCCGCAGCUAAUGAUCAGCUCCUAACAGACAGCCUCGAUCUAAUCGAGGAAAGACGGGACCGAGCUCUGAUUCGCAUUCAGAACUAUCAGCAAGCAAUGGCACGACAGUACAACUCCAAAGUCAGGCUCCGACAGUUCGUUGUAGGUGACCUAGUACUUAGGAAAGUUUUCGAAGGAACCAAGGAACCAGAUGCCGGAAAGUUAGGAACCAACUGGGAAGGUCCUUGUCAGAUCAUCCAUGUGGUACGACCUGGCGUUUACAAGCUCCGAAAGGUGCGAACCGGGGUACUUGAAAUCAGAUCGUGGAACGCCACGAAUCUUAAGAGA